CUGGACAGCUGGGGAGACCACAGUUUCAGUCUGUGUGCGACUUCUCAGCUACCUGCAGUAGGCAACAUGCCUUUGGUCCUACUUUCUAUCCUCUGGCUCAUCACUCCAACUCAAGCAAUGGCCAUAAAGCAAACACCUGAAUUAGAGCUCUAUGAAGUAGUUCGCCCUAAAAAACUACACAUUUUACACAAAAGGGAGAUACAAAACAACCAGACAGAGAAUGGCAAAGAGGACAGAUAUGAACCUGAACUUCAGUAUCAGAUUACAUUAAAUGGAGAAGAAGUUGUUCUUCACCUACAAAAAAGCAAACAUCUCUUGGGGCCAGACUACACCGAAACGUAUUACUCACCCGGAGGGGAGAAAAUCACUACAAGCCCUCAGAACAUGGAGCAUUGCUACUAUAAAGGACACAUCCUCAAUGAAAAGGAUUCUGUUGCCAGCAUUAGUCUUUGUGAUGGGUUGAGAGGAUACUUCGCGUAUCAUGACCAAAGAUACAUGAUAAAGCCUCUGAAAAGUACAGACCAAGAAGAACAUGCUGUCAUCACAUAUAACCAGGAAGAGCUUGACCUGGCUAAUCACACCUGUGGUGUAAGAAGUGUUGGCAGGAAACAAGGCCAUAUUCGAACCUCUAGGUCACUCAAUAGCCCGGAGCAGGAAGACUUUCUUCAGGCUGAGAAAUACAUUGAUCUCUUUUUGGUGCUGGAUAAUGCCUUCUACAACAUAUAUAAGGGGAAUCUAACUUUGAUAAGAAGCUUUUUGUUUGAUGUGAUGAACCUACUCAAUGUGAUCUAUAAAACAAUAGAUGUUCAAGUGGCGUUGGUGGGUAUGGAAAUCUGGUCUGACGCUGAUAAGAUAAAGGUGGUACCCAACACAGGUGCCACCUUUAACAACUUUCUGAAUUGGCAUCGUUCCAACCUGGAGAAAAUGAAGAUACACGACCAUGCACAGCUACUCAGUGGAAUUGACUUCACCAAUCGACGUGUAGGAAUGGCAGCCACGAAUUCCUUGUGCUCCCCAUCUUCAGUUGCUGUUAUUGAGGCUAAGAAAAAGAAUAGUGUGUCUCUUGUAGGAGUGAUGUCACAUGAAUUAGGUCAUGUCCUUGGUAUGCCUGAUGUUCCCUAUUACACCAAGUGUCCCUCAGGGAGUUGUGUGAUGAAUCAAUAUCUGAGCUCAAAAUUCCCAAAAGAUUUCAGUACAUCCUGCCGUGCACAUUUUGAGAAAUACAUUUUAUCUCAAAAACCAAAGUGCCUGCUACAAGCACCAAUUCCUAAAAAUAUAAUAACAAAGCCAGUGUGUGGGAACCAACUUCUGGAAGUAGGAGAAGAUUGUGAUUGUGGCCCUCCUAAGAAAUGUUCCAAUCCUUGCUGUGAGGCCAUGACCUGUAAAUUAAAAUCUGGAGCUGACUGUAGAGGAGCCACUCUGAACCAUAUCAUGUAA